GUGGCGUGCAUCCUGGUGACCCUUAGAUCUGUGCGCUGAUGGGAUUUUGAACUGUUGCUCCAGCCCAAGGUAAAGUGAGCGGGAAGGCGCGAAGAGGCGUUGUCCGCACAGACAGAGAUGGUUUUGUGUCUCCGAAGGGUGCCACAGGCGGGACUUCGCACAGGACAGGCUGGCGUGCGGGUUUGUCUUGGUCUCUUGCCUCUUCAGGGUCCGCCCCACCACAGCUCUGAAGAUGGCCGCCGCUCUGGUGACUCUGCUUAGGUCAAUGCUGCAUCCCCUAGACCUGCACCUAUGCAGACCCUGCCUCCAAAUCCUGAAGCCCCGAGUGCAGGGCUCCUAUCUAGGUUAUUUCAGCCCGGCCGCUUUAUUCAGGAGAGAGGAGUGUCCCUGGGUGAGGUCACCGUUUGUAAAAACCUUCAUGGUGAGGAGUAGAAGAGUUCUUUACAGAGGGACCAGCCUGUGCAAGGCUUGGAGGUGCAGUUGAGGAGCAAUCGGGAAACGUGAGCAGAUGAAUUAAAUAUGGAACGGCAGCUGCAACCUGCCAUUCUGAGGGCUCCGGAAGAAAUGGAGGGAACGAACAGAGACUAGAGCUGAGUAAGGAUUUUAAGAUUCCUGGAGGUUGCUCAAAGGAAAACAGACUGGGACAUGAGAGGAGAGGGAAAUCUUGAGGCUGCAGCCACAAAAUAGGAGACUUUGUGCAGAAGCAGAGCUGUGGCAGUAAAUGUGGGAGAAGUACAGUUACUUACGGGUCGAUUUUUAAGAAUAGAAAACUAGCGAGGGAGUUUUAAUCCACUUCAGGAUGCAUAUUAUCGAGAUACUUUCAUAUACAGGAUAGCCUAAUUUUAUUGGUUUAAAUAUGCUUAAUAUGCUCCAGACUACAAAUGCAUUCAGUCAAUAAUAUCGCUGUCUGUUUGUGGAAGACAUGUUCUCAUGGAUCAAAUGCGGAGAUAUUAAUAAGCUUGCAUUAAGCCACCUGGAUUGUUUCCAUGGCUUCAGAAGUGCUUAUGAGCUAUGCACAGCAAGACAGUGUGACCUUUGGGGAUGUUGCUGUGGACUUUUCCUGGGAGGAAUGGAAGCUUCUUAAUGAGAUGCAGAGACUCCUGUACCGGGAUGUGAUGCUAGAGAACUUUGGCCUUGUGGCCUCAUUGGGACUCGUGUCUUCCCAAAUUCAUGUCCUGGUCCAGCUGGAACUGGAGGAAGACUGGGUGGCUGAUCGAGCAGACUUGACUGUAGCUGCAAGAGAACCCUGGAGGCGGACUGUCUCUUGUUCUUGGUUUCGAGUGGAAGAUGAGGAGCCACCUUCUCCAGGAGCAUCAUGGGUCAGGGUUCCCAAGGUGGAUCUGGCUACUCUGAAAGCCUACCCUUGUGGGAUGUGUGGCCCAGUCAUGAAAGACAUUUUGCUACUUGCUGAGCAGCAGGGACUACAUCCCAGGCACAAACUGCACACAUGUGGGUCAUGUGGUAGACAAUUCUGGUUCAGGAUAAGUAUCCCUCAGGACCAGAAGCAGCACAGUGGAAGGAAUCACAUCAGAGGUCAUGAGGACAGGGAUUUGCAUGUGAACAACUGCCAGCUUCAUGUGCUAGGGAAUCCUUUCACAUGUGAAGAUGGGGGGAAGGACAUCCUGUCCAGCUCAUGCCUUCUGCAGCAUCAGACCCUUCACACCGAGGGGAAUUUUCCCAUAAGGACUGAGAGCAAUGAGGCUUUUCACGUCAGAGAAUACCAUUACGAGUGCAGUGAAUUUGAGAAAUCCUUCAGCCACAUACACGGACUUCAACAUCAGAAGAUUCACACUGGAGACAGGUCUUAUUCAUGUAGUGAGUGUGGUAAAUCCUUCAGACAGAAAGGUAGACUUGUUCAGCACCAGAAAAUCCACAGUAGAGAAAAGGCUUACCAAUGUAGUGAAUGUGGGAAAUCCUUUCGACAAAGCUAUGGCCUCAUUCAGCAUCAGCGAGUUCACACUGGAGCAAAACCUUACAAAUGUAGUGAAUGUGGGAGCUUUUUUAGCUACAAAACCACAGUUAUUCGGCAUCAAAGAAUCCACACUGGAGAAAAGCCUUAUGAAUGCAGUGAAUGUGGGAAAUUCUUUAGACAAAGAUCUGGCCUUAUUGGACACCAGACAGUUCACUCUGGGAUAAAACCUUUUGAAUGUAGUGAAUGUGGGAGAUUCUUUAGCCGCAAAGUCACACUGAUUCGGCAUCAGAGAAUCCACACUGGAGAAAGACCUUACAAGUGCACUGAAUGUGGGAAAUUCUUUAGCCAAACCUCUGGCCUUAUUUCACACCAGAGAGUUCACACUGGUGAAAAGCCAUAUGAGUGCACUGAAUGUGGGAAGUGUUUCAGCCAUAGAUCAAGCCUCAAUUUACAUCAGAGAGUUCACACUGGUGAAAGGCCUUAUGAAUGCAGUGAAUGUGGGAAAGCUUUCAGCCUUAAAUCUGCACUUGUUCGACACCAGAGGAUUCAUAAUGAAGAAAGAACUUACAAGUGCAGUGAAUGUAAGAAAUCCUUCACUGACAAGUCCAGCCUGGUUAAACAUCAAAGAAAUCACACUGAAGAAAAGCCUUAGGCCAAUGGAUCUCCCUUCUUUUUUUUUUUUUUUAUGGUACCGGGCAUCAAACUCAGGACCUUGUGCUUGUGUGCCAGGCGCUGAUCUCCCUUAUUUGAUACCAUAAAGCUCACCCUGGAAGAAGGCCUUGGGGUGCAAGGAGCAUGUUACCUGCUUUUGGUUAGCAUAAUGAAUAUCACCUGAGAAAUUCUGAGUGUAGUCUGUGUGAGGUAGCCAUCGGCCACAAGUUGAAUCCUACACCUGGACUUUUAUACUAGAGAUUUCCUAAGUGCCAGGUGUAUGAAAAGCUCUCAGGAGCUGUAUGGAUUUUCUAACCUGCCCACAGCCUUUGGCUGAGAUAUGUCACUGUUGUUACCUAUGGCUAAUGCCAUUUCUCUAGCAGCUGGCAAGUGUGUGUCAGUUUACACUGUGUGCUUAAGGAAGGCAGGCCUUUAUACUAUCUCCCCUUCCGUGGAGCAUAUGAAUAGUAUGAGCCCAUUGGAGUCUGUUGUGAUCGUUUUCACACAUUGGAUGCAAUUACUAGAGUUGGGGGCAGCAGACUUCAAGAGAUCGCCAUCUGAAUGUGUAUGCAGAAAUACCUAGUCACUAGCUGUAAGAGAUGAUGGCAUAUGAAUAUUCUUGGGACAUCCCAACUUGUGAACAUGGUUGUUAGUAGAGCAAGUAAUCGUAUUUUCUAGAAUGCUGAGGCUUUUUGGGCUGUUCACCUGAAGCCUUUGCUUUAUAGGCAAGAAAGCAGAAGAGUGGAAAGAGAUUAUAGUCUAGUUGUGACGCUCCACUCACAAAUAGCUUUUACUGCUCACUAGUAUUUACUUCCACUCAAGCAGCUCUGUCCUUCCCAAAGUGUGAGGACAAAGUUAUGGUAGAAUCAGUAUGUUUGCCAAAUCUUGUUUUUCCACAAAAGCAGGAGAUCCCAAUUUAUAUGUUGAAUCUUUUUUUUUUUGGUGCUGGGGAUUGAACUCAAGACCUUGCUUUUGUGAGGCAGGUGCAGCGUCAACUGAGCUAAAUCCCUGGCCCCAUGUUGACAGUUUUUUAAAAAGCUCCAUUGAGAUAUUAUAAUUGAUGUGUGAUACACUAUGCAUAUUUAAAGUACCAAGUGUAAUAAGUUUUAUCUAUAAUAUAAGAAAUCACCAUAAUCAUGGUAGACAUUCAUCAGUUUUUUAAUGCCCCUUCAUAAUUUCUUUCUUUUCUCUGACUCUCUAUUCCUACGACCAAACAUUAGUUUACUGUCUUUCAUUAUACAGUAAUCCUCAUAAUUUGUUUCAGUUGCUGUGGUUUUAGUUACCUUCAUCAUCGAUGGUCUGAAAAUAUUAAAUGGGAAAAUAUGGAAAAAAAACUUCAUAAAUUUAAAAAUAGUGCUGUUAAUACAACAUUGUUUUAAUUGUUCUGUUUAUUGUGUUAAUCCCUUGAUAUGUCUAAUUUAUAUUUAAACCUUAUAGUAGGUAUGCAUAUUCAUGGAAAAAAACCCUGUAUAUAGGAGUAGAUGCCAUUCACGGUGUUAAGUGUGGUUUCAUGAGGUCUUGGAACAUAUCCCCUGUAGAUUAGAAGACACUAUUGUAGACUUGUUUUUUAUUAUCUAUAAUUUUAUAUAAAUGAAGCAAUAAAAUAUUCUCUUGCCCACCCCCAAUAGCAUAAUUAUUUUAGUAUUUUUCCAUUGUGCUUAUACAAACAAACACUUAAGGACACCCAGCAGUUUGUUCUUCUGUUCAUCUGUUAAGGAAUAUUUGGAUUCUCAUUUGGAGCUGUUACAAAUAAAGCUGCUCUGAACAUUCA